UUUCCUGCACAAGGAAGUGGGCUGAGGCCAGCUGGGGCUGCAGCUUCCCACACCAGCGGUGACAGAGCCCCUGGUCCCAGAUGCCUGGCCCUGCUGCGGUGCCUGGAACUGGGCAGCUCCGCUGAGUCUCUCUGACAUGAAGUGGCUUUGGGUGGUGGCUUUUGUGGCACCCGCCUGCACUGUUCCCUACAAUGGCACAGUGGGCAGUGCUGGGGACAGAGGCCACUGCACCCUGCAGCACGGCACCCCGGGCACCAAGGUGCUGCUGCGGUGCCCGGCCGCAGCGGGGGGGCCGGCGGAGUGGCGCCAGGGGUGAUUGUCCUGGGAACGUAUCCUGCACCGGGGCUGGCCCUCCCCAACGUCAGCCUGGCCCAUGAGGGCCCCUACAGCUGCCACCGGCGAGACCUGGGCCACUGUCUGCCUGCGGCUGGGCUACACUCCUGCAGAGCCAGCUGUUGAGUGCUGGGCCAUCAGCUACCCACAGGCAGUGAACUGCUCCUGGGUCCUGGACCCCGAGCCGUUGCUGGACACUGAUUUUGUGGCCAUGUACAGGCACGGUGUGUGUGGGGCCACAGAGACAGGCGAGUGUGUCCGCACGGGGCUGCAGAGCUGCUCCUUUGGGGACGUGCAGAUGUUCUCCCUCAUCCCCUAUGUGGUGAACAUGACAGCCAUAAAUCCUCUGGGCGCUGCCUCGAGGUUCCUGCCCUUCCUCCUGGAGAGCAUCAUAAAGCCAGACGCCCCUGAGGAUAUGCAGGUUUCACCCAUCCCCGAGGAGACCAAGAAGCUGCUGUUGGAGUGGCACCCGCCAGGGUCGUGGCCCUUCCCAGAGUAUUUCCUGCUGAAGUAUUGCAUCUGCUAUGCCCGGAAGGAAGGCUCUAUCACCAAAACAAUCGGGCCAUACGAGCAGACAUCUUACACCCUGAUGGGGGUGCAACCCGGGACCCUCCACCACAUCCAGGUGGCUGCCAAGGACUUCACAGACUCUGGGGAGUUCAGUGCCUGGAGCCUGCCGGCCUUGGGGACGCCCUGGGUGGAGCCAUGACAAAGCAGGGCCAGUGUCCCCUUACCCAUCCUGCUCCUCUCCCUUGGCCCACCCAGGGACCCCAGGCCCCAGCCACUCCCUGUCCCCACGCCCCCAGCAGCAUGGAGCCACCAGCACUGGAGAAAAUACAGGCAAUAAACCAA